CGUCGUCGUUCAGCUCCUCGUUGCUGUCUUGCUGCAAGGCAGGCAAGCAGCUGCAGAGACAGAUCAGGGGAGCGCUGACAACAACGGGUAGACCCAUAUUGGAAAAGUCAGCAACGCAGCAUUUUCCUUCUUUGUAAAUCUGGCAGUUUUUUCACGUCAAACCUUUAUUUUUUUCCCCCCUCCUCAAACUGCACGGUUUUUUUUUACGCCUGCGUGGAAAUUACAUUUCUCAUUCUCACGACCUGAAAUGACUUGCUAGGCGCCGCGUCUAGCCAAUGCUUACUGCGGGGGCUCCUGUUCUGUGGAUUAUCCGUCGUCGCCGAGCCAGUCGCAUGGUCGAGCCCGGAGGGAGGCCCUUAUCUCCGCUGGAUGGAUGUGCGUGAAGCACCGCCGAGCUCCGAGAACCGAUGAAAGACGGCGAUAAUAGUCAAAGAGAUGAUGCUCGGCUUUCUUCGGCGCUGCGUGAACUGAGCUUGGAUGUUCGGGCUACGUCGCCCGCUUACAUUUUCUCACACAGCAACACUUAAAUUCCUUAAAAACUGGACGCCCCUGGAGCAGUUGAUGAAGACCCUGGUAGGAGCGUGAUGAGCGCGCGCUUCCGCUUGCCUGCUGGCAGAUCCUAUAAUGUCCGGGCGACGGAGCUGGAGCGAGACAGACAGCACACACAAGUUGUGUGCAACGUACUGCUGCUGGACAACACUGUGCAGGCAUUCAAAGUCAGCAAGUCGGAUCAUGGCCAAGUGCUGCUGGACUUUGUAUUUAAGCACCUGGAGCUGACCGAGAGAGACUACUUUGGCCUUCACUUGGCUGAUGACACCUCAGAUUCACCGCGCUGGCUGGAUCCCAAUAAGCCAAUCAGAAAACAGUUAAAAAGAGGGUCUCCACAUAACUUGAGCUUCAGAGUCAAAUUUUUUGUGACUGACCCGGGUAAACUUCAGGAAGAAUACACACGGUACCUAUAUUUUCUUCAGCUUAAACAAGAUAUAUUAACUGGAAGAUUGCCCUGUCCUCACAACACGGCUGCCCUGCUGGCAUCCUAUGCAGUUCAGUCGGAGCUGGGGGACUACAGUGAAACUGAGCAUUCUCCUGGUUAUCUGUCCGAUUUCUGCUUCAUCCCCACCCCCCCACAAGACUUCCACAAAGAGGUCUCCAAGCAUCACCAGCAGCACAGUGGUCUAUCUCCUGCCCAGGCGGAGUUUAAUUAUCUGAACACAGCACGAACGUUGGAGCUCUACGGGGUAGAGCUGCACUAUGCAAAGGACCAGAGUAACACAGAGAUUCUCGUUGGAGUGAUGUCCGCUGGCCUUCUGGUUUACAAGAACAGGGUACGGAUCAACUACUUCCCAUGGUUGAAAAUAGUGAAAAUUUCCUUCAAGUGCAAACAGUUUUUCGUCCAGCUGAGAAGAGAGGCGGCAGAGACUCGGGAGACGCUGCUGGGUUUCAACAUGGUCAACUACCGGGCUUGUAAGAACCUGUGGAAGGCCUGCGUGGAGCACCACACCUUCUUCAGGCUGGAGCGGCCCAUCCCCCCCCAGAAAAACUUCUUCGCUCACUAUUUCAGCCUGGGCUCAAAGUUCAGAUACUGUGGGCGGACAGAAGUGCAGUCUGUGCAGUAUGGGAAGGAAAAAGGGAUCAAGGACAGAGUUUUUGCCAGGUCUCCCAGCAAGCCGCUGGCUAGGAAGUUGGUGGGCGGGACCGACUGGGAGUCCGUUAGCAGGAACAGCCUAUCAGACGAGCGACUGGAAACCCAAAGCCUACCCACCCGCUCACCCCCUGGAACACCCAACCAGAACUCGCUGUUUGUGCAGGAGGGUACACGGAUACGCCCGUCAUCAGUUGGCCACCUGGUUGAUCAUGUGAUCCACGCCUCACCCAGCCUACCUGUCUUCUCCUCCAAUCACAAGUCAGCAUCCUCCACGCAGGCCAACAGCAUCAGCCUGGACUCUACACCGUCUCCAGAUGGGAUAGAUGGCCAACCUCCAGCUCUGCCCCCGAAGCAGCUGAGCAGGAAAACACUGAGCCAGAUCAUCCAGGCCCACUCCCAGCAAAGCCUGCUGGACAACCACCUCAACGAGAUGUAUGACGUUCCCGUCAACGCCGACAAAACCACGCUGAACGGAGUUGUGCCACACGAUAAUCUGGUCCUGAUCAAGAUGAAACCCGACGAACACGGGCGCUUCGGCUUCAACGUCAAGGGUGGAGCUGAUCAGAAGAUGCCAAUCAUUGUGUCCAGAGUGGCUCCAGGAACCUCCGCUGACCUCUGUGUGCCUCGCCUUAACGAAGGCGACCAGGUGGUCUUUAUUAAUGGGCGGGACAUUUCUGACCACACCCAUGACCAGGUGGUCAUGUUCAUCAAAGCCAGCUGUGAGAGCCACUCGGGGGAGCUCAUCCUGUUGGUCAGACCAAAUGCCAUCUAUGACGUCGUGGAGGAGAAGGCGGACUCUGAGCCUGAGUUUCAGUACAUCCCCGAGAAGUCCCCUCAGGAUCCCGCCCACUUCAACCAGCAUGCUUUGAGGGACUCCAUGAUGACCUUGAAGGAAGGCCUGGGCAGCGGAGCCAUACUGGCCCAGUUCGACCAACUGUACAGGAAGAGGCCGGGGAUGACCAUGCAGUGUGCCAAAUUACCUCAGAACGUUUCCAAAAACCGCUACAGAGACAUUUCUCCUUAUGAUGCCACGCGGGUCAUAUUGAAAAGCACAGACGACUACAUCAAUGCAAAUUACAUCAACAUGGAGAUCCCUGCCUCCAGUCUGAUAAACCGCUACAUAGCAUGCCAGGGCCCACUGCCCAACACCUGCCCUGACUUCUGGCGGAUGACCUGGGAGCAGGGCUCGUCCAUGGUGGUCAUGCUGACCACGCAGGUCGAGAGAGGGCGGGUGAAGUGUCACCAGUACUGGCCCAACCCGGACAGCAGCGCCACCUAUGGAGACUUUACAGUCACGUGCCACAACGAGGAGGGCAACUCUGCCUUCCUGGUCCGGGAAAUGGCUCUCGUUCACACACAGAGCGAGCAGCAGAGAGAGCUCACUCAGCUCCAGUACCUGGCUUGGCCUGACCACGGUGUCCCGGAUGACUCCACUGACUUCCUGGAUUUCGUGGCUCUGGUGCGAAGCAAACGGGCCGGACAGGACCAGCCCAUGGUCGUCCACUGCAGCGCCGGCAUUGGUCGAACGGGGGUCCUGAUCACCAUGGAGACAGCGCUGUGUCUGAUGGAGAGCGGUCAGCCAGUGUACCCUCUGGACAUCGUCAGGACCAUGAGAGAUCAGAGAGCCAUGAUGAUACAAACACUUAGCCAGUACCGCUUCGUGUGCGAGGCCAUCGUGAAAGUGUACGAGAAAGGUCUGUUCAAGCCGCAGAAAGCGGUCUUCUACCAGCAGAGGGAGAAGCUGAGCGACGAGAAAGGCGAGGAGGAGAAAGAGCAGCAGAAAGCAGGAGAAGGUGGAGAUGAGACGGCGGCGGCGGCGGCGGCGGAAGAGGACGUCGCGGCGGUGGAGCUGCUCCAGGGAGGCCUGGACGAAGAGGACGAUGACGACGACGAGGAAGUGGAGGUGUUGGAUGUGGGAGAGGUGACGGAGGAAGAGGAGGAGGAGCCUAGCGUCACGAGCGCCACCAGCGUGACGAGCGAGACCAGCGCGAAYCCGGACCCCGCUCCUCCUGACGUCUGACCCGUCGCCGAGGGGAUUACCAGAAAACGAUCCCGGGUGCUGGAGGAGAAAACAAAAGCACUGUUGCACUUUACGCUGACAAAAACAGAAAAAAAGAAAGGGACAAACAAAAACACGAAMGUUACAAACAAGAUCAAGCUAAACAAAAAGAAAAAAGAAGCCCAGCUGUGUUGAAUAGGUACCGUUAGGAGGUGUUGUACGAUCAGGGUAAUGAAACUAAAGUAYGAGAGAAUAAAAUAAGGACGGGGAAUCGCUGUAGUGCCAUAAAUACGAAGGGGAGGGGCUGCCCCUGUGGAUGGAGAGCUCCCCCACCUUUUAUAUUUCCUUUUUUUUUUUACCUAAUGGGUCCCCCUGUCCUCUUCUGAUUGAGUCUGCCAGACGGACCUGCCUUUUUUUAGUGUCCUUUUAGCUGAUAAAGAGAUAAAUCUUAUCUUGUGUUUCUCACAGAGAGUAUUUAUUGUGUUUUAGUUCGUGUCAAACCCUGUCCACUGAACAAAAAAGAGACAAAAAGCUGUUUGUUUUCUUUGUGUGAGUCUGGAGCUUCAUGCUUUCCUGGUUAGGUAGUAAAACAGUGUUACUCCUCGACUUUUAUUUGAUUUAAAAAAAGCGAUUUAAUUUAUUGUAGCUGGU